GUAAAAAUACAUGUCCAUGUAUUAUUUUUCCAUAUGGGGGUCAACACUGUUACUCUUGCAGGAGGAGUGACAUGAUUGAUUACACAGGCCUGCCUUCAGAAAGGUUUGUUGCAGUGUGGAUCUAUAAGACGCCGUAAAUCACUAACCUGAUUCUCUGCCUCAGAAUUCAAUCAGUUUAUUAAAAACAUCUUCAGCUCCUCCGAGUCCGAGAGCAGAAGCUCUUGGCUGAAUUCUCUGCUCUCCGUCAGGUUUUAGCAAGAGAUUAAAAAGAAAACAUCAGAGAGAAGAGGGCGCGUGAUGAGGGACUGGAUUAUGUCACCGCACGGAGCGUGACACGAGUCACGUCUGGACAUAAAGAACAUCACUGUUCCAGAUCCAGUCGCUCUAUAAACACUCAGAGACUCGUGUAGGUUCACUGGUGGUUCUGGAUAGUAAAUAAAAUGUCUAUAUUUGUGUUGUAGUCAUGGCGACCCCUGGUUCCUAUCACCACCACUGUAAAGACAUCUGAACCAUUUCACACCAGACCACUCUGAAUAUGCAGAAAUUUUGGAAAAUUGGUGGAAUUCCCCUUUGAUCAUCCUUACAAUCCAGUAAUCAGUUGCGUAUAAGCACUUUGAGAAUUUGUAGCAAAAAUGGAAAGUUAUUUCUAAAGAAUUAAUUCAGUUUUUAGUUUUGUUUUAUCAUAAAUAGUAGUAUUAUUGCAUAUAAUACGCACUUUAACACGUUUCAGUGUACAUAUUGCCUUUGGUCACAGCUUUAGCUCCACAUACUGUAUAUAUCUACUUAUCCAUUGUAUCGUUUAUGUUACUUUACACAAUGUAAUGGCUUGUAUUUUUAUUGUUGUUUGUGUUGAGACUGUAUGUCAUCCAGUCAGCGUUUUAUUUGUUUUUCCAGCCUCUCUUUGUCUGUGAACAAUUAAACACUGUGCCUUUAAGACUGAUACAUGUAAAUGAGCUCUGUUCUAAUUGGCUGUGCCUCAUUCAAAAAACAGUCUGGGCUGAAACACUCCUUAUAACUUCAGUGGAUGCAGGAAAAUCUCUGUUUACAUCUCAUUGAUUGAGACCAAAUUAUGCAGAAAUUUGGAAAAAUUGGUGGGAUUCCCCUUUAAGCCAGUCACCAUGAAGAAGCUUUAUUUUGUUCCGUAACGGCAAUUUUGCACCAGCAAAAGAGGCACAGCUUGCUAGUUUACACUCAGUGUGACUCAGACGUGUCUUGUUGGUGAAGCGAAGAGUGUUUUUUUUUGUUUUUUGUUUUGUUUUUUGUUUUACAUUUGUUUUUUUUGUUUUUUUCAUGUAAUGGCUAAGUUAAUAUAACCUAAAAACCUAAAAGUCUUAAUAUUAUUAUAUGGUAUUAUAUAUAAUUAUUAUUCAUAUAUAUUAAUAUUGUGCCUUACAGCGUACUGUGAAAGUAUUGUGAUAUGACAUUUUUGCCAUAUCGCCCACCCCAAGAUAAAAUGAAUAAAUGAUGUGUGAUGCCAAAGACAAUAAAAGACAAUAAAAGACAACAAACGUCAUGAAACAGCCCCACUGCAGAGCUCACUGAGCAUGCUCACUGCAGAUGCUGAGAGCGAGUGAGGGAGGGGGGGCGAGAGAGGAAGACAGGGUCAGUGCUGGAGAAGAGGAGAGGGAGAGAGAGGGAGAGAAGAUCAGCAGUGUGUGGAGCUCAGCUGUAGCUGCCGGUGGUGGAGCAUCGGGAGAGUGAUGGACACCAUGCAGAGCUGAAGAGCCGGACAGGAGAACUGUGGCGUGUGCAGAGCGGGGGAUGCGUUUUCCGGAGUAAAGCGACGCCUUCGGGGGGAAAUGUACGCCUUCUACUCCCUGCUGGUGUACAUCUUCUACACCGUCUUCAAAAAGGAAGAGGAUGCUGCGCUAGAGGGGGCGUCCGGAGAGUCCCCGGAGGAGCCUGGCCAUGUUUCCAUGGAAACAGGGAGCAGGAGGAGAGGCGGCCCCGCCCCCAGGUUGGGGAAAAGGGGGUGUGACAGAGUAAGCGACUCCAGCAGCAGCAGCAGCGACAGCGAUGCGUCGCUUCUCAGUGAUGAAGAUGACGAUAUUGAUGAAGGUCACGCGACCCCCGCCAAAACCCCCCUGGCUGCUUUCCUGUCCUUCAAACAGGAGACGGAAAAGAGGAGAGUGUCCAGUGCGCACGCAGAGCCGGGGGACAAGGCCUCUGAGUCUCCGCUGGUGUCGGUGAUGUCCCACCUGUUGAGCUUCCUGGAGCAGUACUCCCACCUACAGCAGCUGCAGCAGCAGGCGGAACAGUACCGUCUGCAGCUGCGCAGGCACCGCAUUCAGCACCGGCGGAAAAUGAAGGCCCUGCGCUCGUCCUACCGCCAGCGGAUCCGCGACAAGAACAGCCUCAUCAGCAGCCUGGAGGAGGCCAUCGGUCAGCAGAACAGCCCUUCACCCGACAGCGACAACUGUAGUCCAUCUGGACUCCAUAAGCUGGUGCAGUCUGUGUGCGGCCUGCAGGGGGAGCGCCGGCAGCUGAGGGUGGAACUGGGUUUACUGCAUUCACAACUGGAGCAGAGAGAGCAGGACAAACACUCCAAAGUUCAGGCCUUCCAACAGCAGAUCGAUGAACUGAAGAGCUGCAUCGAGGAGAGAGAAGAAGAGCUGUCCAGGCUAAGAACCUCAUCCGGAGCGACGGACUCGGAGAAGCGAGUGCUGUGUCUGUCUGUGGAGAACGAGAGCCUGAAACACAGCCUGACGGUCACUCAGGGCCUCCUGCAGCAGCUGUCCAUCAUACCAUCUCAGUCCAGCUCCGUCCUCAUCAAGGAGAACGAGAACCUGCGCAGCCGCGUUCUGCAGCUGGAGGGCGCCCUGCAGCAGCGCGCGGAGCAGCUCUCACGCCUGGAGCAGAACGAGUGGCAGAGGGGAGAGGAGCUGAGGAGGAGAGAGGAACGAGUGCACGAGCUGCAGCUGGAGCUGGACAGAGAACGCAGCAGAGAACCCGUGGUGAAAUACGUGACUCAGACUGUGGAAGUGGAGUCUCCAUCCACACUGAGGCAGCUGGCCGACGAGAGGCAGAGGAACGAGCAGCUGAGAGAGAGGCUGAGCGGUCAGAGCGAGAGGUGCCGACAGCUGGAGGAGAACAUCAGGCGCUCCGAUGAAGUCAGCUGCAAUCUUCAGCACAAGAUUGCGGCUUAUGAGAGAGAGAUCGGGACGCUGCAGGCUGAGCUGCUGAAGGAGAUCGGCCAUUUGGAGGAGAAGAAAGACGAGGCUGUGAAGGCGGCUUCCAGCUGCUCACAGGAGCACCUGCAGAGCCUUCAGGACCAGUUCAUGACCCUGCAGAGGCGCCUGAACGCUCUUCCCCCCACGCUGCGCUCCAUGAAGACGGACUACGCCAGCCUGCGGAGCCAGGUCCGCAACUUCUCUGAGUUUUAUGGAGCAGCUAUCAAAGAGGCCAAGAAACAGAUUUCGGCAGCUAUAAAUGAAAUGUCGGAGGCCAACAAGGACCUUCUGGAGAAGUACAGGAAGGAAGUGGCUCUUCGCAGGAAAUACCACGAGCAGCUGGUGGAGCUGAAAGGCAACAUCCGCGUCCUGUGCCGUGUAAAGCCGGUGCUGAAGGAGGACGAGCACGAAGAAGGCCAGGCGGUCGUCGUGACGACAGAUCCUCAUAAUGAAUCAGCCCUCACAGUUCUCAGUAAGGGGAAAGCGAAAACAUUCGAGCUGGACAAAGUCUUUCACCCUCAGGCCACUCAAGAGGAGGUGUUUCAAGAAAUCGAGCCCCUGAUUACAUCCUGCAUAGACGGGUAUCACGUCUGCAUCUUCGCUUAUGGCCAGACCGGCUCGGGGAAAACCUACACCAUGGAGGGCCCCGUGGAGAAUCCAGGCAUUAACCAGCGAGCGCUGAAACACCUCUUCAAUGAGAUUGAGGAAAGGAAGGACAUGUGGACGUAUACGGUCACUGUCAGCUCUGUGGAAAUCUACAACGAGGUUCUCAGGGAUCUGCUGAGUAAGGAUGGGGAAAAGCUAGACAUAAAAAUAAACCCUGACGGAACCGGCCAGCUGCAUGUACCUGGCCUCAGGGUCAAAGAGGUCAAGAGCUUUCAGCAUAUCAAAAAGAUUUUGGCCACAGCUCGGAGGAACAGGAUAACGUUUGGGACGCAGAUGAACCAGCACAGCUCCCGCUCCCACGCCCUGCUCACCGUCACCGUACAGGGAGUGGAUCUCGCCACCGGGACCAAAUCCUCCGGUAAGCUGAACCUGGUGGACCUGGCGGGUUCUGAGCGAGUGUGGAAGUCCGGAGCGGAGGGGGAGCGGCUGAAGGAGGCCCAGAACAUCAACCGCUCGCUGCUGGCUCUGGGAGACGUCAUCCAGGCCCUGAGAGGGCGCCAGACACACAUCCCGUUCAGGAACUCACGACUGACCUACCUACUGCAGGACUCACUGGGCAAGGGCAACAAAACCGCCAUGGUGGUGCAGAUUUCUUCUCUGGAGAGGAACGUUGGAGAGACUCUUUGCUCACUGAAGUUUGCACAGCGUGUCUGCAAAGUGGAGCUGGGCCCCGCUGCACGCAAAAUCGAGAGUGGAGGCCACAGGGGGGAAAACGUUAACUAAACUAAAAGGGGAACUCCACCAACUUUUCAAAAUUGCUGCCUAAUUAAAUGGUUAAGAUGUAAAAUGAGUCGUUCAGAGUGGUUCUCAGUUCUAGAGAAACUUA